AUGUGGUUUAUUAAGUUUAACAGGUUGCUCAUAACAGUUGCAAUCGCUGGAGAAAUUGUGAAGCGACGAUUUCAGAAGCAUUUUACACUCUUACAGUAACUGCAGACCAUGGAUUGCGGAUUAAUAACUUCGAAAACAGUUCUACUGUUGCUGAGCUUGAUUUUUUGGGCUGCAGGAGCUGCUCUGGCAUAUGUGGGCUCCUAUGUCUUCACCAGCUACAAAAACUAUGACAACUUCCUGGAGGACAAGUACACACUCAUUCCUGCGGUGGUGAUCCUGGGCGUCGCCGUGGUGAUGUUCAUCAUCGGAAUCAUCGGGUGCUGUGCGACGCUGCGCGAGUCGCGCAUUGGGCUGGGGUUUUUCCUCAUCAUCAUCCUGCUGAUCUUUGCAGCCGAAGUGGCAGCCUUUGUGCUGGGAGUUAUCUACCGGGGAAGGGUAAAUAGAGACAUUGAAAAGUCAAUGGCCGAAGUUUUCCAGAAGUACGAUGGGAAGAAUUCGGAAAGCAGAGCAGUGGAUUAUUUGCAACAACAGCUCCAGUGUUGUGGAGUGAAGAACUACAGCGACUGGAACAAUACCGAGUGGUUCCACACCUCUGGCAAUGGCAGUGUUCCCCAGUCCUGCUGCAAGUCUGCCUUCGCCAACUGCACCGGCCAGCCUGGCUUCAUCAACACAGAGGGCUGUGAAACCAAACUGGAGCAUGUACUUCAGGAGGUCCUGAGCUAUGCCAUGCUGGUGAUUCUGGGGUUUGCCAUCAUCAAGUUCUUCGGGAUGCUGAGCGUGUGCGUGAUCACGUGCAGAAACAGGAACCAGAAUGAGUACCAGCCCUUGUCUGGCACAUAUGCGUGAAGAUCCCACACUCUUCACUCGGGGUCUGGAGAGAUAGUUGUUUUGUUCAGGAUUGUCCACACACACACACUUGGGUGUUUGUUCUAAUGUCUGUAUUGGAGCAAACCGUCACGUUUUCAGGGGGACAUUUCUGGUUUUGUAUUUCUUAAUUUCAAGGUCCAAGGCUCCAAGGGGAUUUUUUUUCACUUAAGUUUCAUAUGUCUAUUAGAUUGAAGAGUUUUGCUCAGAGUGUGUUGAUUUGACAGGUAGGACAGGAUUCGGUAUUAUAAGCUGACUAAUGAAAUACUGAAGGCAAGGAAUUGCUGUUCUGUAAAUAUGCCUCAAGUCUGAAGUGUGCCUUGCUUCUUGAAUUUCUCUUAUGGUUUUAAAUAAUUCUGUUAACUAAUAAUUGUGGGAGAAAAUGUAUAUAAUGCACCUGGUACAAAUAAUAUUUGAACGGAGUCUAGGAUGGUAUUAUUUAGAACCUCAUUUUUAAGUGGUAGGCAACACUGAAAGGCACUAUUACUAUUGUUUGUUUUCUUUGGUCACUGAACCUUUAUGCUGGAAAUAACCUUUUUUUAAAAAACAAAUCAGAUGCCAUAAAUAUCUGUUGUGUGUGUUUUUUAAUUCAAAAUGUAAUAAAAUAAAUUCUGAAUUAACUGCUUUGCACACCUAAAUGCACAAUAAAUGCAGUUCUGCAGAUCUGAAUAUGCUCAGAAAUGUAGAUUGUUUAUUGAAAAUAGUGCUUUAUGUUAUGUAAAGUUAGAACUUUUUUUAAAUGUAUGGCAGUUGUCAUUUCUGAAGUUUAAAAUUUCAGAGUUAUAUCAAGAUGAUAAAAGUGUAUCGAUUCAGUGAUUUAGGAGAUAGAAUCCAGAUUUUUUUUCCAUCCCUGUUCAAAUGUACCUAGUAAUUUAAAAGUUAUCAACAGUAAAGUACUUGAUUUUAA